AUGUUUGGGGUUGCAGUAGACUUUUGUUUGUGGAGAGGUGAGGUGAUGGUGAGUGAAGAAUGUAUAUUGCACAGUGCUCUGUGGAGGCAAUUUGAACUGUGGAAUGCAGUGGCGUUGUCACUCUUUAUCAAUCUGAUAUUGAGUCAGGGACGAGAUAGAGCUGCGCAAUCGAUGAGAAAUAUGUGCCGUCCGAUAUUAGUCAGUCUCAAGGGCACAAAUAGCGCUUUUGAGAGAAGUAGGGUGAUAAUUCGGGAAGAUUCUUGGUUCUUUCGGGGACGAUUUCUGUCGGAGCCUUGUUAA